UCCUUCUCACCUCGCACAUCACGUCGCAACAGCACGAGCACCAACCCCCAGUACGCCGAUACGCAAGUUGCACUUUUCUGCCCUUCUUAUCUUUGCCAGCAUCAAUUCACAGCUGCGCGCAAAUGUCGGCAUGCCUUGCCUGCUUAUCUCUCUCUACAACCAUGCGCGAGAUUGCUGAUCCGUGCUGCUCUGCCUGUCCCUGCACGAAGUCACGCAAAGCCGCCGGACCAGCACUCAUAAGUCUCAUUAGCUGCAUUUCGCCCUGGCGGCGCUCGAAACUAUAAGGUGGACCAUACAUCUUCAGUCAAGUUCAGUGUCCCUCAGGACCCUCACUAGGCUGUGUGGCUUGAGGGGGAUUGCAGGGUAGAGCGGCAUUAUCUGGUGUGCAGCAGCAGUGCUCGAGGUUGUACCGAUGACCGACUGGCAUAGCCAGCCGCACUGAUGAAUGCUAUAAAGCUUCACGAAAGCCUUGUGCUACGUGCGCACACAGAGUGCACGAUCACUUUCUUUGAGAGGCGUACACGUGGUUGAAGGUUGGGUGUCACAAUUCUGGAGAAGGCUUGACCGGUCUUCCUUGAAUACAAGCAUUCCCUGAGAGCUUGUGUCUGUCUUUGUGUCUGUGUUACCGGUCCGUCUUUUCCAGCUAUUGGUACACUGUGGUACCCUUCCUCGAACAGGCCAUCUUGCCGUCUCAGCUCACACUGGAAACUAUUCUGGGAAAACUUUCGAAAUCGAUCUCUUGUACUUAUUAUCCAUAAGGCUUCCCUGGCUUUGUCGGCCUUGAACCAAGCUCGCUUCACCGACAGCCGAAAUGGCGGACACAGAGAAGGGCGACUACGUCGUGGGAGAGAGGUCCCCUCACGAUGUUGCAAUUGGAGAAUUCGCAGACGCCCCCAGGAAAAACAGUAUCAAUGAGGCGGCGGAUCUCUAUGGGGAUGUUCAGACUGCCGAGCAAUAUGGCUAUGUCAGCCGUGGACUCAAGUCAAGACAUAUUCAAUUCAUCGCUCUUGGAGGAACGAUCGGCACAGGUUUGUUCCUCGGAAUAGGCAAGGCUUUCGUCCAUGGCGGUCCCCUUUCUGUCCUCCUCGGUUACUCCAUCACGGGUGUUGCUAUCUUCGCGAUGAUGCAGGCGCUCGGUGAAAUGGCUACAUGGCUUCCUCUGCCGGGUGCUAUCCCACAAUAUUGUGCCCGAUACGUCGAUCCAGCUAUGGGGUUCGCGGCAGGUUGGAACAAUUGGUACUCCAGCGCCCUCACUCUGUGCGCCGAAAUCUCAGCUGCAGCCGUGGUCAUCGGAUUCUGGAACGACAGUAUCACUCAAGCAGCCUGGAUCACCAUUAUCUUGGUCCUCAUCGUCUGCCUUAACAUCUUCGCCGUGUCAAUCUACGGAGAAGCAGAAUUCAUCUUCGCCUCGAUCAAGAUCCUUACCAUCGUUGGACUGCUGCUUCUCGCCGUGGUCAUUGAUCUCGGUGGUACCGACCAAGGGCGGCUCGGCUUCAGGUACUGGAAACACCCUUACGCGGCUAUGAGGGAGUAUGUUGGUACUGGGAAUACCGGCCGAUUUGCAGGUUUCUUUGCAGUCCUCGCAAACGCGGCUUUCGCAUAUGGCGGUGUGGAGACGGUCGCUGUUGCUGCUGGUGAGGCUGAGAACCCCAGGAAGAACAUCCCUAAGGCCGUCAGGCGAGUCUUCUGGAGAAUUCUCUUCUUCUACGUCCUCGGAACGCUCGCCAUUGGUGUCACUGUUCCAGCUACUGAUGACCGUCUCUUGAACGGAGGCCCUGGUGCGGGCUCGUCUCCUUGGGUCAUCGCCAUUGUGCGCGCUGGUAUUCCAGUCCUGCCACACAUCAUUAAUGCCGUCAUUUUGACUUCAGCAUCCUCGUCUGGUAAUGCGUUCUUGUACACUGGAUCCCGAUACCUCUUCGCCCUGGCUCAGAACAAGCAGGCGCCUCGGUUUUUGCUCUACUGCACCAAGAAAGGUGUCCCAAUCUGGUGUGUGCUCAUCACCGCAUCCAUCGGUCUUCUGACCUACAUGACCGUCUCUGCCGGAGCCUCGAGCGUCUUCGACUGGUUCCAGACGUUGACGACCAUCACCUCGCUCUUCACCUGGUUCUCAAUUCUCGUCGCCUACAUCAAAUUCCGCCGCGCCCUUAUCGCGCAAGGCGUCUCGCGCAACGAUCUGAUUUUCAGAUCCCGUUUCCAGCCCUACUCCGCCUACAUCGCCCUUGCCUUCUUCAUCGUAAUCAUCAUCUUCAACGGCUUCAAAGUCUUCACACAUAACAAAGACGGCACAUCGAAUUGGGACAUCCAAGAUUUCGUUACAGCUUACGUGGGAAUCCCAAUCUACGUGGGGUUCUACUUGUUUUGGAAGAUCGUGAAGAGGACCAAGUUUGUCAAGAGUUCGGAGGCGGACAUUUGGACCGGAAAGGCUGCCCUUGAUGCUGAGGUCUGGCCUGAGCAGGAGCCGAGGAAUUUGUUGGAGAAGGUGUGGUAUUGGAUUGCUUGAGCGUGGGAAAGAUGUGUUGUGUGCAGAUAGAUGUGAGCAACAAGAUGAUGCUGGUGGUCUCCUUCGAGAGCCAGUUUAUGCUGUCAAG